UUUCGCCAUUUUCCUCCUCUACACCGGUGCUCCUGCUGGCAGCUAAGUUGUCGCCCCCUCCCAGUGUUUUAACCUGCCCCGAGGUGACGGUGGGACAGAGGAGACCCCGAAGAGAAGACUGUCUGCUCCGUUAGCUGUAUCGCCCCCCGAGAAAAGAGCGAGAAUGACCGAGGAGAGCCCCGAGUACUCGCCUUUCUUCGCCGUGAUGGGUGCCUCUGCGGCCAUGGUCUUCAGCGCAUUAGGAGCAGCGUAUGGGACGGCAAAGAGCGGCACAGGCAUCGCUGCCAUGUCCGUGAUGCGGCCAGAGCUCAUCAUGAAGUCCAUCAUCCCUGUGGUCAUGGCUGGUAUCAUCGCCAUCUACGGGCUGGUGGUGGCUGUGCUGAUAGCAAACAACAUCUCUGAGAGAGUCAGCCUUUACAAGAGUUUCCUGCAUCUCGGUGCCGGUCUGAGUGUGGGCCUGAGCGGUCUGGCGGCCGGGUUCGCCAUCGGCAUCGUUGGGGACGCCGGCGUGAGAGGCACCGCUCAGCAGCCCCGGCUUUUCGUGGGCAUGAUCCUGAUCCUGAUCUUCGCCGAGGUGCUGGGUCUUUACGGCCUUAUCGUGGCCCUCAUCCUAUCUACAAAAUAAGUGUCUCCAUCAAACACCAUCUCAUUCAUUCCACAUCAAAGCAGCGAGAACAAAUAGGAGAUUUUCACCUACUUCCAUUACACCCCGUGGGUCUGACAGGAUGGGAUGGCGACAGAAACAAGUUGGCGGUCGACUUCGACAGCUCAGUCCUCAGUAGAUGUGAUCUAUCCAUAUUGUUUAAAGCCAUCCAGUUGUGUCAGGUCCUGUGCGUACAGAACGGGCAUGAAGAUGUACUGUUUGUUGUGGGAUGAUGUGUGGACAGUCUGCCUGAUUUAUUGUCUGAUCUUAAACUGUACAGUGAUCCAGAGUCCCUCCACCCCCAGUAAAUGUAGUAACCAGUCUGUGCUGUGAGUGUGAGUAUCAACGUUUACCCCUCUGCCCAUUCCCCUCCUUUGACUUCUGUUUUUCGUUGGUGGUUUUUAUUGUCAUUCUCUGUUUUGAGACUGCUGAAAAAUUGUGCACACUAGUAUUUUAUUUUUUCAUGUUCUUUUCGGGGACCAUUUUUGAAUCACAUUUUUUUUUCACUAUUUAUGGAAAGCUAUGAAGAUUUUGAAACUGUCUAAAUGGAAUACUGUUUAUUGAAUACCCUAUAUACAUAAAAUAUAUAAAUUAUCUGUGUAUAGUUAGAUUAAUUGCACUGUGGGUAAUUGUUCUAAGUGCUUGGAAUUCCUCUGGAUGUAGUGUGAUUAUUAAUGGAGGACGUCCACAUGUUCACAUGGAGUUGACAGUGUGUGUGCGCGUGCGUGUGAAUGGUCUGAGUGUAAAAUGCGUGUGAAAGUGGAUUUAUGUUUAAUAUGACAUUCUCAAACACUAGUAUCGUUUACCUGUAGUGCUGCUGUCUUGAUUUUUUUUGUUCAAGGUGAGAGCUCACUGUUCAGCCAUGCCUGUCAGAUUUCCAAAUAAAACUCAACCUCCUCCAGAA